AUGGCUCUUUGCGUUAACAGUUUUUCUGCGACCCCUUCUCGUGUGCAAAGCAAAACGUAUCGCACUGCUACUGCCAACGAAUUCCAAAUAGAGUGAGAGGGAAAGAGAGGGAAGAUCGGAGAGAAGGGAAAUCUCCCGUAUCAAUUUGAACGACGGAAAAACAGCACACACGCGGGAAGGGUGACAUUUUCUACAGGGAUUGGAAGAGAAACCUUCCCUUUUGCAUCGAAAAUGGAGCUACCCGCCGCGGGAGAGCACGUCUUUGCGGUGGAGAGCAUCGAGAAGAAGCGGAAUCGAAAGGGGAGGAUGGAAUACCUAGUCAAGUGGCGAGGAUGGUCUCCAAAAUAUAACACGUGGGAACCAGAAGAAAACAUUCUCGACCCGCGGCUGCUUGACGCUUUCCAGAACAGGGAGAGAUACGAGCAGCUUAUGGGAUAUCGCAAAAGAGGGCCAAAGCCAAAGCACCUGAUGGGCCAGGUCCCGUCCUUUGCCCGGAGAUCCAGCGUCCUCUCAGGCCUUCAGGAGACCACCCUGGACGAGGACAACCGGCAGCAAGUGGACCCCAUCCAGACAGUGCGCUCGCAGACCCAGCAGUACCAGCUGAACAGCAAGAAGCACCACCAGUACCAGCCCCUGCUGGCCAAGGAGAGGGAGGCCGAGCAGCAGGCCAACGGAAAGAAGAAGCUCUACUACCAGCUCAACAGCAAGAAACAUCACCACUACCAGCCUGACCCCAAGAUGUACGACAGCACCCAGUGCAUGAAGCCAAGGGAGGCCACCAAAGCUCCGGAACUGCCCACCAACCACAGCUGGAACCUGCCUCCCGCGCUGCAGCAGAAGUGGGUCCGGGACAAGGACUCUGGCUGCCUGAGCAAAGUCAAGGAUAUCACCAUGGAGCUAAAGAAGCUUCCGGCUCACCUCAACGGCCCCAGUGGCGAAUCGGAGCAGAGCAAGGCCACGGCCAAAGAGGACUCACCGCUGCUGGAGGCCGACGGUGUCAGCGACAGCAAGCUGAAGAUCGUCAAGAACAAAAACAAGAACGGACGCAUCGUCAUUGUCAUGAGCAAGUACAUGGAGAACGGCAUGCAGGCGGCGAGGAUUAAAAAUGGAGAUGUGGAAACCCUUGGCGAGCCGCAGCCGGACAAUGAUGAUGAUGCAGCAGAAAAUCAACUUGAAAAGAUGAGGCUCGUCCAGAAACUGGGUCUCACCAACGGAUUCGCGAAAGAUUGCAACAAAGGGUCUAACAGAUCUAACGUAUUUAAGUGUCCUGCUGACAAGGUCGACUCGCCCAAAAUGGGGCUUAGUGCGACAGAGCAGAAUAAACAUUUCAAUGUCAGGGGUCAGAAGGAGGCUACAGAGGAUCAGCCCCUGCAGCUGACCGACAAACCUAACCUUGCCCCUUGGCCCAUUGAGAUGGGGGUUCAUAGGACUCAGCCAGGAAAGGGCUCUUCUCCAGCCCUCAAACGUCACCUUUCGGAGGCAGACAAGGGCGAGGACCGGGGUGGCUGUAAACAGUUUCUAAACUCCCGGAGUAUCAGUAUACCCUGCACUGUGUCCUCACCUCCUCAAAGCAACUCCACGGACCAAAAUGGCCACCAUAGACACAAUGGCCAGCUGGACUACGACUUCCUGGAGUCUAACCAGGACGAGCCCAUGGACCUCAGCUGUGUGAGGUCCAGACGGGAGGCUCCAGUUCCCACAGAGACACAGGUGGCUCCUUCUGCCGAGGAAGAGAAGACUGCCGAACAGACAGAACCGCCAUUGGCUAUCACAACAGAACAUACUGUGGAGGAGGAGCCUUUUCCUUCAUUCAAGCCUUUCCUUGGGAAUAUAGUCAUCACGGAUAUUACAACAAACUGUCUCACGGUGACAUUUAAGGAAUACGUUACAGUGUAACGAAGCUGACAAAAGACAAUCUGAGGACGAGGGAUUAACAGCAACUGUGUGAAUUUGUACAAAUGUGUGUUGGAACAUAUUGGUAUUUUCAGAUGUUUGAAUGUAAAUAAGAGCCCUUAAAGUUUGCAUUAAGUGGGGUUGUGAUUCAUUUUGUUUGGGGGUUCCUAACCCUCCUAUAAUUUGCAUGUACGUAACUUUGGCUAUCAUUCUCUAAAUGAGACCCAGAGUUUUUGUCAUACUUGACGAUGUAGGCUUCUAAUUGAGUUACAAACUACUUUAGUACAUGCUAUUUUGACACAUGGUAUCAGGGCUCAGUGAAAAAGCACUUACUCAUGUAAAUAUGAUUUACUUUUGACAAAGGCUUUAUAUCCAUUUUGGUUUACAGUCUUUGUUUCAGGUCUAUAUAUUGAGAAAGAAAAAGUCUAUGUAUUGAUUAUUGGUAAAUGACACCCUCUUUCAGUUUAUUUGCCUGCUUGUGGUGUGUGUGUGUGUGUGUGUGUGUGUGUGUCUGUGCGUUCAUGUGUAGCGACGUUGCAAAAUGACGGGCUGUGUGUGCGCAUGUACAGUACCAGACAAACAUUUGGACACACCUACUCACACAAGGGUUUUUAUUUCUUUUCUUUUUUUUUACUAUUCUCUACAUUGUAGAGUAAUAGUGAAGACGUCAACACUAUGAAAUAACACAUGUGGAAUCAUGUAGUAACCCCAAAAAAGUGUUUUAUAUAUUAGAUUUUAGAUUCAUCAAAGUACCCAACCUUUUGCUUUGAUGACAGCUUUGCACACUCGUGGCAUUCUCUCAACCAGCUUCAUGAGGAAUGAUUUUCCAACAGUCUUGAAGAUGUUCCCACAUAUUCUGAGCUUUUCCUCCACUCUGGGGUCCAACUCAUCCCAACCCAUCUCAAUUGGGUUGAGGUCAGGUGAUUGUGUAGGCCAGGUCAUCAUUCUUGGUCCAAUAGCCCUUACACAGCCUGGAGGUGUGUUUUGGGUCAUUGUCCUGUUCAAAAACAAAUUAUAGUCCCACUAAGCGCAAACCAGAUGGGAUGGCGUAUUGCUGCCGAAUGUUGUGGUAGCUUUGAAUUCUAAAUAAAUAACUGACACUGUCACCAGCAAAGCACCAUCACACCUCCUCCAUGCUUCACGGUGGGAGCCACACAUGCGGAGAGCAUCUUCACCUACUCUGCGUCUCACAAAGACACGGCAGUUGGAACUAAAAAUCUCAAAUUUGGACUCAUCAGACCAAAGGACCGAUUUCCACCGGUCUAAUGUCCAUUGCUCGUGUGUCUUGGCCCAAGCAAGUCUCUUCUUCUUAUUGGUGUUCUUUAUCAGUAGUUUCUUUGCAGCAAUUUCACCAUGAAGACCUGAUUCACACAGUCUCAUCUGAACAGUUGAUGUUGAAAUGUGUCUGUUACUCGAACUCUGUGAAGCAUUUAUUUGGGCUGCAAUUUCUGAGGCUGGUAACUCUAAUGAACUUAUCCUCUGCAGCAGAGGUAACUAUUUGUGGCGGUCCUCGUGAGAGUCAGUUUCAUCAUAGCGCUUGAUGGUUUUUGCGACUGAACUUAAAGAAACUUUCAAUGUUCUUGGCUGACCUUCAUGUCUUAAAGUAAUGAUGGACUGUCAUUUCUCUUUGCUCAUUUGAGCUGUUCUUGCCAUAAUUUGGACUUGGUCUUUUACCAAAUAGGGCUAUCUUCUGUAUACCAACCCUACCUUGUCACAACACAACUGAUUGGCUCAAACGCAUUAAGAAGGAAAGAAGUUCCACAAAUGAACUUUUAACAAGGCACACCUAUUAAUUGAAAUGCAAUCCAGGUGGCUACCUCAUGAAGCUGGUUGAGAGAAUGCCAAGAGUGUGCAAAGCUGGGGUGGCUACCUUGAAGAAUCUCAAAAGAAAAUAUAUUUUGAUUUGAUUAACACUUUUUUGGUUACUACAUGAUUCCAUAUGUGUUAUUUAAUAGUUUUGAUAUCUUCACUAUUAUUCUACAAUGUAGAAAAUAGUUCAAAUAAAGAAAAGCCAUAGAAAAAGAAGGUGUGUCCAAACUUUUGACUGGUACUGUAUGUGUGUGUGUGUGUUUGCAAGAUGGACAGAUUCAAACUAGGAAGGUAGAAGUCUGUUGCUUGGACAGAUCAUGCCACAUGAGACGACAGGGAGAGCCAAACAAACAGGGCCUCCCGGGUCAAACUGCACAAGUCAAUGAAGGACCUUGGAGUUAACAUGUACUUUGCACUGUUGUAGGCUGGCUGAAGGGGGUGAAUGGCUGCUGCGAAGGGGAUGGCCUUAGCCUCUUAUCUGAGGGUAACGUUUAGGAAGAUAGAUAUUACUGGUUUCAAUUAUUGUAAAUAUGUGAAAUACCCACUGAUAUCAUUCAUUCCCUGUAGCUCUGUAACAAUGUGGCAUUUUAGAUAUCAAUUCAAGUCCCAUUGGCCUAGUUCUUUCUUCAAGACCCAUAACAUGGAUACUAUUCAUUUUAAAACAACUCUAUGUUUAUAAUUGAUCCUAUUUAUUGUAGCUAUUCACUAUUAAUGUGAAACAUGAAGGGAAGUUGGAAAUGAUUUAUGUAGUAUUCAUUUUUUGAAGGUCGUGUAGGCCAACUAACAAUCACAUUCAUCCCUGCCGUUUUGUUGGAACUAAUGAUGACUUCCCCUACAUGUCAUAUUCAGAAUGUAAACUACAGUUAACACAGGUGGCCUUUCCUGUUCAAUGCAUUUAAGGAAAUGUCCGGCUACUCUUUUAUUCACCCUGUUUUCUUCACUCUCUGUUAUAACUAGAAGUACAGAAGUAAUUAUGAAUCCCUGUUCUCAUGGCCUACACUCUAAUGCUAAUGCGUUUGAUAGGCUUGUGGCCUUUUGUGGGCGUGUACCACUGUUAAUGUUUCAAUGGCAUUCAGUGUUUUCAUUGCAAGGGCAAGGUAUAUGGUAUCCUAGGCUAGUCUAUUGCCUAUAUUGGUAUCAUCAAAAAACAUGAGUUCAUGGGACCUUCUCAAUGUUCUGUUUGAAACCCCUUUUCAACACUUGGUUUUAUCAAAUAUGCAGUGUAACUGCUUUAAGAGGGACUUUGUUGUUCAUGUGAGCAGACUAAACUGAAAAGGCUUCUCCUGAUGUGUUUGGCAAGAAUAAAAUGGUAAGAAAGUUA